CUUGUGGUUGGAAGUGUGCCCAGCUUGCAAUGAAUUGAGGUGGACUGAAAAUGAGAUUAGUAGUUACUAGUUGUUCCCCUCUUUUGAAGACAGGGAAGGUAAGUAUCUAUCUUCCGCUUUUUUCAUUUCAACCUGCCUUUUUCUUUCAACUCUUCUGGACUGUGGAAAGGGUUUUAGCUCCCGCCCUUUAUUCUUUACACCUCCAUCUCUCUGCCGACAAUGGCCUCCCGUUUAUGACUUUCAGUAGGUCGCGGGGUCGAAUCAUCCUAUCCAAGACUGAAAUUCAUCAGAAAAUGCUGUCUAUAGCUUAGGCCGCUUGUGUGACGGCGAAGGUUUGGAAUGUUUUCUUCAGGAAGACGUAAUUAAAGGGCGUGCCGCCGUUGGAUUUGGACGGUCCUUACUGUGCCCGCUCAAAUUAUUUUGACAUCCCAGGGCCCAAUUUUGACAUCAAAGCUUAUCUGAGUUCAAGUGCCAUUGUAGCGUCUUCUAUCGCAAGCAAAAUUAAGGCCUCGGUUUGAGAUAGGCUGCGCCAAAUUAAAAAAACUAAUAGUGCGGUACCCUGAUGUACAUUUCUAAGUAAAGAUUAUCGGAUUUAUUGGCACAUUAAAAGUUUGUUUUGGCGGAAAAUACGUUGGUAUUUUGCCUCGGUUGAUGCAUAUAUCAGCAACGGUAGCUUUGUGGUUGGAGAUUUUGUUCAGCACAUCAGGGAAUGCUGAAUUUGAAAACACUGACAAGUUUUCAGCUUGAUGUUUGAGAAAGUUUUGUACAUGUUAUUGGAUGUGUAGUUGGAUACACGCAAGGUAAAAGCCAGAGUGUUAUGCCGCCAUUGUGCAUUUCUAGAGCAUCUUCGCUCUGGGUUUGGCAUUGCGGGGUUAGAAGCUGGCUCCCAAUUUUCGAGCUGGAGUUAGUGGUGUGGGUAGAAUUCUCGGUAUGUUUAAACAAAUACUGGGCAGGCUUCCUCGCAAGUCAUCUAAGUCUUCUGAAAACAAUGAGGUGGGAAGUACUGCCUCAGGAGGAAAUGGAGGUUUUAUAUCAACUGGAGCCAUUGGAGGGGGUGGCGCUCCAAGUGCUAUUCCAAACAAUGGAAGGGGACGGUCACCUACAGCCCAAGCAGGAAAUGCUGAUGCAGCUGUUCAGCGCAAUAACAACGCAUCAACAUGGGCCAACUCAUCAGCACCGUCUUCCUCGAAUCAAUCAAAGAAAUUGCCUUCUACUACCUUUCCCAUAGUUGGAAAUCAGAAUACAGUUUCUUAUGAGUCAUUGCCGUCUUUCAGGGACGUGCCAAGUUCGGAGAAGCAAAAUUUAUUCAUAAAAAAGUUAAAUAUUUGCCGUGUUUUAUUUGACUUCACAGACUCCACCAAAAAUAUUAAGGAAAAAGAUAUUAAACGGCAGACUUUGCUUGAACUUGUCGACUACUUAUCAUCUGGCACUGGCAAAUUUACUGAGCCUAUGAUGCAGGAAAUCACAAAGAUGGUUGCUGUGAAUUUGUUCAGAACACUACCCCCCUCUUCUCGGGAAAGUAAAGUGCUAGAAGUUUUUGAUCAGGAAGAGGAAGAGCCUGCGAUGGAGCCAGCAUGGUCACACCUGCAAAUAGUUUAUGAAUUCUUCGUGAGAUUUAUAGCAUCAUCUGAGACAGAUGCAAAAUUGGCAAAGAGGUAUAUUGAUCAUUCCUUUGUAUUGAAGUUACUGGAUCUCUUUGAUUCUGAAGACCCAAGAGAGAGGGAAUACUUGAAAACGAUAUUGCACCGCAUAUAUGGAAAGUUCAUGGUACACAGGCCUUUCAUACGGAAAGCUAUCAAUAAUAUCUUUUACCGAUUUGUAUUUGAGACUGAAAGAUAUAGCGGAAUAGCUGAACUUCUGGAGAUUCUAGGUAGCAUAAUCAAUGGAUUUGCAUUGCCAUUGAAGGAGGAACACAAGCUUUUUCUUGUACGGGUGUUGAUUCCAUUGCAUAAACCUAAGUGUGUGUCGAUAUACCAUCAGCAGCUAUCCUAUUGCAUCACACAAUUCGUUGAGAAAGAUUUCAAGCUGGCAGACACUGUCAUCAGAGGGUUGUUGAAGUACUGGCCAGUUACGAAUAGUCAAAAGGAGGUUAUGUUCCUAGGAGAAUUAGAAGAAAUUUUGGAGGCUACUCAGGAAGCUGAAUUUCAGCGGUGUAUGGUACCCUUGUUUCGACAAAUUGGCCGUUGCUUGAGUAGUUUGCACUUCCAGGUGGCUGAACGGGCUUUAUUUCUUUGGAACAAUGAUCAUAUUAUAAGCUUGAUUGCAAAAAAUUGUCAUUCAAUAUUGCCAAUUAUUUUUCCUGCUUUGGAGAGAAAUACGAGGAACCACUGGAAUCAAGCUGUCAACAGUCUGACAUUAAAUGUGAGAAAGAUCUUUGUAGAGAUGGACCAAGAUCUCUUUCAAGAUUGCCAAGAGAAGUUUCAUGAAGACGAAGCAAAGGAGAAAGAUGUACAAGAGAAACGCAAACUGACAUGGAAGCGUUUAGAAGAUGUUGCUGUCUCAAAUGCUGUAAGCAAUGAGCUUGUGCUUGUUGAUCAGGUGGCAACAGGUAAUGCCAUUCCCAAUCAGAAAGCUAUGGUGGGGAGUUGGUGAUCAAAAGACAACCUUGUCAAGUGCCCACUGUUUAGGCUUUUCUUUUCAAAGUCGUUUUCUAUAGCGCUGGCUUGUUAGUUUGACAUGAAAUUGCCGUUAGUGUGGGUUUACUGAUGAGUUGACUGCUGCAGUCUUAAUGAGAUUUACAAACUGGUGCUGUACAGAAUUGACUUUGAAACUCAAAGAAUCAGGCAGUUUUUUGACAAGUUAUUUCAUUUCACUAUCUGUUCCUGAGCUCUGAUAUAAGGAAGAUUGAAAGAUAUUUAACUGUCCCUUCAUGAGCUGAGAUAGAAGUAAGUUGGGAAAGAAAUAGUGAGUCUAAUGUCUUCAAGGCAGGUCCAGCUCAAGUUUGUACUCAUGUUGAUGCCCAGCUACUUUCUUAUAUUGGUUUCUAUAAAUCCUGGACAUCAUCAAUUCUUCUUAUAACGUGGUUGGUUGUGUUCAGAACAUAUUGAAUGUGACAUCAGAAUGCUUUGCUCCACAAGAUAGUGAGGCACUGCUGUUGUAAUAGGUUUUUUUUUCUGUAAAAACCAUUUAGAACUAGUGGUUUUAGAACUAGUUGUAGCACAGUUUGUAAUUUUUUAUUAUAGGAGCUGAUCAAUGGCUGUGCUUCUAGCAUUGUUGUGGCCUAGAAGAAUUUGUGCUGGUAUCCUAGGAGAUAUUGUACUUGUAAAAGCAAAAAAUAUAAUGUGUAAAAAAUCAGAUCAAGUUUCCCCUUUU